AUGUUCGUAGUGGAGAGACGCGCAGACUCGAACGUAGAUCACAUGUCCGCUAUUUGUGAUCUCGAACUCGAAAAUGAUCGAAUCAAUCCGAUAAUCGGAGAGGACGUCUUCCUUACAGAACCUUUCAAGUGUACAGAACGAUGCAUUUGUCGUAAAACACCAUUUCAUCAGAACAACAACCAGAUCACUCCGAUAACGUCAGCCAGUCAACAGUCUCAGCUAUCUAUAAAAUCCGAGCCAAGCUGGCCGUGGGGUGGCUAUUUCGACCGCAGUUUCACGGCACCCGACUUUCCGCACAUAUCUUCACACAGUGCAUCGUGGGAUGAAGUAUUCUCUAGACCUCUGGUGGCUCUAGAUGGGCACAACUUCAUAAAGGAAAUAUUUGUCAAUGAUCGUCACCUGGUGAAACCAGAUGCAAUACAAAACAGCGAGCCUCCAAAAUUUGUCGAACCUAGACAAAAAUUCCAACGCUUUCGCCAGAAAAAGUUUGUUUGCGACGAGUGCGACAGAUCAUUUACAAUGAAGCAAAAUGUUCAGCAACACUUCUUCCAGUACCACAAUCCGAAUGGAGCAAGAAAGAAGGCGGUGAGAACGAUCUCCAAGCGUUUUCAAUGCACGAAGUGUAACAAGAUAUUCAAAACCCUAGAGAAAGCUAAGAGGCACGAAGUACGCAUGCAUGGGGAAAAAAUUUCACCAAGUGUAUUCGUCUGUCAUCACUGUAAUAAGGUCUACAAUGCCCACAGUCAGCUGAAAGAGCACGUUGACGUCGUACACGAGAACCGCCGUCCUUACAAAUGCGAACAUUGUGGGGUGAACUUUGGUCGCGCGGGAGGACUUCGACGCCAUGACAUGAUGGUGCAUCAACAGAGGACUCACGCCUGCCCAUACAAGGAGUGCAAACAUCCUGGUUACAAAUGCACCAAGGCAUUGGCAGCGCACAUUCGAUCUGUCCACACAAUGGAUCGUCCGUUCAAGUGCUUGUUUUGUGAGAAAACAUUUGUGCGCAAGAACGAUCUUAAAGUUCAUGAGACGACACACUCUACACAGUGUGAGUACAUGUGUGCAAAAUGCAAUAGCUCGUUUCGACGUUCAAUUUACCUGCAGAAACACGAAAAACGCUGCAAUGGGGAAGGAAGACGGAAGUCGGCGAGACUCGAGUCACAAAAACUUAAUUCGUUAACCAACAUAGAAGAAACGAGCAUAGAUGAUUCAGAGACUUCAGUAAAGGUUGCUCUCCAGCUGACAAAGGAUGUGAUUAGUGAUGAGAAGAAUAUGAAAGUUGCAAAGCGAAAAGACGACUCUUUUGGAAUGGAAUCAGUGUGUGCUCAGACGGAAGACGAUUUCGAAACUGCGGAACGAAGGCGUGUUGAACGCCCUUUAGAGAUUUUGGAAGAAGGAGAACUACCUAAAAGUCUCAGCCUAGAGUCAACAAAUACCGUUCAUUAUAAUGGUCUUUUGUGUGAUUCGAAUUCAGGAUUGAAGCAAAAAUCAUCCUCCCCAAAUAAAAGACAUAGGAAAACGCUAUUGAAGUUGCCGAGGAAGUCUGUCACGCGAUGUGAUAAGGAAAAGCCUGACGUUAGAGAGGGAAAGAGAAUCAAUUCAAUGCGAAGCUGCAGUGAAAUAGAUGACGAUAAGAAGCGCAUCGAAUCUGAAGGAAAUGCGUUUAAGAUCGAACCACUUGAAGAGGGGGAAAUUCCACCGACUUCUGCAAAGAAGGAAAUUUUUGCUCGAAAACAAGAUGACAGCAUUGAAGGAAUCCUGCGCAAACGGAUAAGGUAUGAGCCCCGCGAAGAAGCAGUGGUACCAAAGAAACGGCCACGUCCUGUAUUUAAUCUAUCAAUUCUGUCGCGGAAAUAUCCUUCCGAAUUCGUCAAGAAAGAUAAAAUUGAAAAUAAGAGAUAUGCUAGGAAGAUGGCCGAAGCAGAAAAAACGACAUCCAUACAAGCUCCGAUAUCCACACAAGCUCCUCCAAAGUCCACUAUGACGCAGUCCAUCAUGCCAAUGCCAGAGUACAAGGAACCAGAUGAUGUUCGUUUACUCGAUUAUGGAGAAUUUCUGAUCACUGACAAAAAAGAGAAAUAUUCGGUAAUGGAUAUAAUAGUUCUGGCCUCACAUGGAGUUUUAAUGAGAGUGGAGAAAAGUGACGACGGAAAGUUGCUUUGUGCAAAGAUCCAAGCGAAUAAAAUCACUAAGAAGCAAUAUCCUGGAGACUUUCGAAGAGAAUUAAAGGCUCUGCAGAUGCUCGAAGAAAAGAAGUCAGGAAACAAGUAUCUACCAAGGCUAUGGGGAUUCGGCAAGACAGAUGAGAUAACAUUUUUCAUUACGGACCAUGUUGGAGAAACGUUACAAAGGCAACUGCUUAAAUUUGGACAACUUAGCCCUUCAUCAGCAUAUCGAAUUUGUCGUUACAUAAUCAGUGCAGUAAAAACGAUCCACGCAUUUGGGAUUGUUCAUGGAAAUAUUCGUCCCUCAGCAAUUCUAGUUGGUGGUCCUCAUGAGAGAGACAUUGUACGGCUGUUCGGGUUUCAAUUCAGCUCCGAGCAUCCGCAAAAGAAAGAUGACACCGAAGCAAUAGGAUAUCCACUCGACCAAUAUACGGCUCGUGCAAUACACAAAUGCGAACGAGCCAAACCGAUACAUGAUAUGGAGAUGUAUAUUCAUCUAAUGUACAGCUUGACCAUCGGGUUGCCGUGGAGCAAAGCAAAAACUCUAAAAGCGCUGACUUCUGCCAAGGAGUCGUUUUGGAAAAAGGCCGUUCACCAAAACUGGGGAAGAACUCCACAGACUGUUCAAUAUUUGGCUACAAUAAUGGAUAAAGAACCGGACAUGAAGAUCGAUUAUGUGGGAAUAGAGCAUGACUUGGACGACCUACUGCAAGUGCUCCCACCUGGUAACUGCUUCGAAUGGGAAGACGCUUCUGCUCUUACAUGUCAACCCCAAAGGAAAGGACCAACCGUAAUCCAACCGCUGGACAUCGGUGUCGCAAAAGGACAUAAACGCACUGUAGUUGAGCGUUGUGAAGCUGUUCUGCAGCCAGAUCUCUGA